AUGGUCAGUUCUGGCUUUAAGCAAGGAAACUGGAAUGAGGUGCAGCGCGCGAUUCCCCACCACCCCGAGCUCAGGGCGCAGGCCGCUACAGCCCUGGCCACCCUCGGUGAACGUGGGGGACCCGGGCCGCGGCAGCGGCGUCAGGCGCGCGGCUCCAGCUCUCCGCGGCCCAGCAGUUUUCUAGUCCGUCCGCCGCGCGGGCGGCUGGGCAGAGCUGAGCCGAGCGAGUCGGAGUCGCACCCGGCCUGGCUGAGUCGCCCGCGGAGCCCCCUGCCCAGACCGGCGCGCUCGGCAGCUCCUCCGCCGCGCUGUGCCCCCGGCCGCCCACCUGCCCCGAGGCCCCCAGGUGCCUCCGGGCCUGCGUCCCGUGUCCGGGGCGGUGGCCGCUGCCGGCCAGCGCUACCCAUUGCCCUUCCCGUCCAGAACUCGCUGGUCUGA